UUAUGAUAUUAUAUACAUACCUAUUUUGAGAUGACUCGACUUUAAAGGAAACUUUUUCGGUGUCUAUCUGUUAUGAUCCGGGUGAAAGGAUGACCAUGAAGAAAAAGUAAGAGAACACUGAUAUGCAGUAUCUUUAGCAUAGCCGGUGAAAUAUUAUUAGGAAUUGUCAUGGUUUCAAAUCCUCUCUUGAAAGAACAGGUCUGCCCAAUCAGAAGUUGCCAUUACGUUCCCGCGUUACAACCUUAAAGUCCUAGCGCCGUCCGCAAUCGUUUCUCGGAUCGUAGGCCCGCGAUCGUCGCCAUAUUGUUAGUGCGCGAUUUCUCCGCGAAUUUCUUUGAAAAUCGCCGAUCCUGAUAUCGCUGAAUAAUAUAAAACGUUACUACAAAGGAUAAAUGAUACAGUUGUUCAUGUAACUCAAUGUAGCGAUUAUUAAGACGUGGCAACUGCUAGAAGAAAAGAUUGUACGCGAGUGUAAAACCAUUGAAAUGUCGAUCGAUUGGACCGCUCAACUUCCUUCCGGAUGUUAGAAACGUGUAAGAGGAAAGGAGACAGUCGUAUGCAACGAUGCAGAUAUAGCAAACUAGUCGAGUAACAAUCGUUAAGAGUAUGUGAAAGCCUAUCUGUCACGUUUACGGUGUGCGGUCACGGACGACAAGCUUUUACUGGAAUGCCCCACUCGAUGUUACGGCACUGCGCCUUGUGAAAUGCAGCGGUCCCACAACGAGAAAAACGGGGCCCCGGUUGAGCGCAUUAGUUCUCGAGAGUGCAAUAUCGCUAGUAUUUCUCAGGAUUUCGUAACAAUAAUCGGUAUUCGAGUGACGAACGUUUUAUCGUGGAAUUACGCUCUCACACUUUAACCCGGCCGUUGACAGAUGGAACGCGAGCAUACCAUACGAUCGUUCGGAAUUACAGCGUAAACCGAGGACAACGACUCUUUAAUACUGCGACAACGAAGCCUGUAGUACGGUACUUGUUCAAUGCGUUCGGAGACUUCGACGACGAAAGACAUGUCUUGUGAUCGCUGUUCCGUGUUGUGAACGAGCGAUUAAAAAGUUUCGACAGGAACGGAAAGGUGGAAGAUAUUUGACAGAACUGUAACAGAGCAAGCAAAAGGGGUAAAGACAAAAGGGAAAGAAUAUAUAAGGAACGGUGCGCCUGCUGGACGGUAAGGUAAGGUAAGGUUAGCGAAGGCGAGGCAGCUAUCGCAAGGACCACCUCUUAAGUAGUAAAUCCAAUCUUGAGAGAGAAAGAGCAGGAAACAGAGAGAAAGAAGGGACCGCACGGUGACCCAGAUUUUAGCGGGUCGAACGACGUCAAGCCGGUACGAAGAAGUCACGGUGGACUCUCUGAAAUGGGACACAUUGCAGCCUGGAGCUAAAUUAGCCGCGAUGUCCAAUAAGAGUAAGUCCCAGCCGCAGCAGCAGCAGCAGCAGCAGCAGCAGCAGCAACAGCAGCAGCAGCAACAGCAACAGCAGCAGCAGCAGCAGCAACAGCAACAUCCUUCGCACGUGAUUAAAACAACAGUGGAUCAAGUACCACCGCGGUAUCAACCACCGCCGCAACCGACCAGUGGUAUUCUCAAGAAUCAUCCUCAUUUCGUUGCGAACCCUUCCGUGCCGACUUCCGUGUCAACUUCGGUUCAAGGUCCAGCCGCGACCUUGAAUCAUCAUCAGCCGACGCAACAGCGACCGGUGUCGCAGCAAAAGGAUGCGCAGAGCAAGUAUUCGCCGAGGAUAGAACAUCGACAUCAUCCUCAGGGCGGAAACACGUUGACUGCACCCGUCACAAAAACUCAACCGCAUAGUUACCUUCAGGCCAAGGUCGGCCAAGGUCAAUACUUGCCACCUAACGGUCAAUAUCCCACGGUAAAUAGUACACAAACACCGGCGAUCAGACAAAGGAUCAGCGACGAGGAGUUCCUGAGGCUCGGACCCGUGGAGAUGCUUAAAUUUGUCCGCAAGACGGAGAGCGACAUCGCGAGGCUCGCUGCCGAGCAAAAUCGACAGAUACAGAGUUUGCUGAGCGAAUUGCGAGCGCUGAAAGAGGCGAACCAAAGACUAAGCGAUGAUAAUCAAGAACUACGGGAUCUCUGUUGUUUUCUGGACGACGAUCGACAGAAGGGACGAAAAUUGGCGAGGGAAUGGCAAAGAUUUGGACGAUACACGGCGAGUGUUAUGCGACAAGAAGUUUCCGCGUAUCAGAAUAAGUUGCGUCAGUUGGACAAUAAACAGCAAGAGCUGAUCAAAGAUAAUCUUGAAUUGAAGGAACUGUGUCUUUAUCUCGACGAAGAGAGAGGAGGUGGUCAGAGAGACGACGGGGAUGGUUCGAGUUCCAGCACCAAUGCCGAGGAAACUGCACCUCCUAGAGCUAGGCAUAUUUCUACCUUUAAUGAUCAAACUAUGCAGUAUGUAAGGAGUUUGGAACAGCGGGUAAAGCAACUCGAAGAAGACAAGAGUGUCCUGCAAGCGCGCGCCCAAGGAUGGGAAGUACAACCCGGCGAAAUUUGGGGAAACCAAAAUAGUCCUGGUGAAAAUCCUCACAUAGGAGGUCGACCCGAAGCAGUGGUACGAGCUCUUCAAGUUCUCGAAGUUAGAGAACAACUUGAAAGAGAGGGUGGCCACGAUGGAGAGAAGGCUUUGGUUAGAGAAAUGUGCAAUGUUGUUUGGCGGAAAUUGGAAGAAGGUCCACAAACGAGGCAUUGAUAACCGUUCUUUUUCUUAACGCGAUUCGUCAAAUCAUAGUGUAAAUCACGCAAUCCGUUUGUCUGGGUAGCGUAUCCGAUAGUAUUAUAGUAGUUAAUGUAAAUGUUACGAAUUUCAUAGAUUUAUACGUAUGUACCUCUACAAGUAUUUCGAUGUAAGUAUCAAUGUGCCUAGUGUGCGAUAUUUUGUAUAAAUAUCGUAGCGCCGUUAGAUUGCCUACACGAACUGUUAACAAACUUUAUUUUUAUUAUAAAUUCUGUAUGAUUUA